UCCAACGGGUUUCCUGUAAUUUGUAAACCGAUUUUCUUUCUUCGGAAUAAAUAGUUAGCUUUUCUGAUGUUCUGUUUGAUUUCUAUAGAACAUGGCUGAUUCAAUAUCUACUCGUUGUGCGAAACUCAACCAGAUUUUUGCCGGAAAAAAUGUUGGUCGUAAGUCGUGCGGAACUUUCACUCGCGAAGCACUUUUGGAUGCCUUUCUGCUACUCUUCGAUGAAUGUAACUCGGAGUACAUGCUCAAGGACAAGAAUAUUUCUGGAUUUGUCAAGAAAUAUCAGCCCAUGGUUGAUGAUCUUCGAAAGAUUUGCUUAUGCAAGGAUGAUUUCGAGGUUUUGAACACUAUUGGCAGAGGGCAUUUCGGACAGGUUCAAGUUGUCAAAGACAAACACGGUGGGGAUGUGUUUGCUAUGAAAACAUUGAAGAAGAGUCAAACACUGGCUCAGGAAAGUGUUGCUUUCUAUGAUGAAGAAAGAGAAAUAAUGGCACUAUGCAAUAAUCCUUGGAUAACAUCACUACAAUAUGCUUUUCAAGACAUCAAUAACUUGUAUCUUGUGAUGGAGUAUCACCCUGGUGGAGACCUAUUGUCUUUGUUAAGCAAGUAUGACGAUAUACUAGAGGAGGAUGUUGCACGGUUUUAUCUUGCUGAGAUGGUCCUGGCUGUUCACAGUCUUCAUGUGUUAGGCUAUGUGCACAGGGAUAUCAAGCCAGACAAUGUCCUUCUUGAUCGAACUGGACACAUUAAAUUAGCAGAUUUUGGUUCAUCAGCCAGACUUUCAGCAGAAAAAAAGGUACACAGUAAAAUGCCAGUUGGCACUCCUGAGUACAUUGCACCUGAAGUGUUAACCAGUAUGGAUGGAUCAGGUGGUCCAUAUGGAGUGGAAUGUGAUUGGUGGUCACUUGGUGUUGUUGCUUUUGAGAUGUUGUGUGGACAGACACCAUUUGAGGCUGACUCAGUAGUGAUAACUUACAGCAAGAUCAUGAAUUACAAGACAUCCUUGCAGUUUUCAAAGGAUGCCCAAGUCAGCAAAAACGCAAGGGAUUUGAUUCUAAAAUUGUGCACUGACUGUAAGUCAAGAGUGGGCUAUGAGGGACUUCUUUGUCACCAGUUCUUCAAUGGCAUUGAGUGGAAUAAUUUACAAGAGACCGUGCCGCCGUACGUCCCAAACCUGGAUGGUGCAGCAGACACAUCACACUUUGAUGAAUUUGAACCCGAGAGCCCUGAUGUGAUAGCACACCUGGAAAAGUACAACUUAAACGACGGCAAGGGAUUCACAGGCAAAGAUCUUCCAUUUGUCGGCUUCACUUUCUCAAGAAAUCUUGCCAACAGUGUUCCUUUUUCUCCUAGGAAAGCUGGAAGUCUUCCCAACUCGCCCAUGUCAUCUGGUCUGCCCCCGAGCCGUCUGGAACGAAAACUGACGAUCAAGGCUAAAGAACUGAAGGAUGCGCUGCAGUCAUGUCACACUUUAAAAGAUGAAAGUGUCUGUAUGAAAAAGAGCUUGGAAGAACUUCAAAGCGCAUUAGAACAGAAAGACAAAGCGCUAAGGAACGCUGAAUAUGAAAGAGAUCUGCUUGAAAAGGAGAAGGUCCUCUAUGAUACUCAAGUCAAGGACCUACAGAGACGCCUUGAUCUGGAGAGAGCUGAACGAAACAAGACGGACUCUGCUACUCUUAAACUGCUUUCGGAACUGAAAGAAGACAGUGAAAAGGCGAAUGAACUGAGAAACCAGGAGAGCAGGGAGAAUCUCGAGGACCUUCAACAAAUUGUAGCCCAGUUGGAAAACGAUCGGUUUAUAGCCAGUAGACGUGCUCAACGAUUAGAAGAAGAGCUGAAAUCACAAGAAAAGCUUCUUGAAGUCAGUAAGAGCCGAAUCAAUGACCAUCAAGCCAGAAUGACAAAGAUGAAUGAAGAAGCAAAGAGGAGCAUGAUAGAAUGGCAAGAAAAACUGGACAAAGUCACUAAGGACAGCAACGAAAGAAUCGCGGAACUACAGCAAAAGUUGACCAAAUCCUUACAGUCAAACCAAGAGGCAACUGAAUUGUUAGAAAACGUGCGGAAGACUAAAGACGAACUUCAAAAAGAAUUCGAAAAGCUGAAGAAGUCAAGCAAGUUAUCGAACUCUACAGAAGAGGAAGGAAAGCCUUUUACACCAACAAGGAGAUCAGAUAGUGCAGUUAUAGGACUUAAGUACAAAGAAGAGUUAGCAGAGGAGAUAUUUAAACGGAUAAUGUCGUGUAAAGAUGCUCAAAUCAAGCGGACUGAAGAGGGCGAUAACAGUGUACGAGAGCGUUUUAGAGAAAAAUCGGCUGAAGUACGUAAGCUUCAAAGUAAGAUCAUGGAUUUAGAGGAUCAAUUGUUUCAAAGCCAGAGAUCACAAAAGAAGUUAGAAAAGGAUGCUGCAAACAGGCAGGCUCAGGAGGAAAAAAUACAGGAAAUGGAGAAAGAAAUUGAUACUUUAUCACGAUACAAGAGAAAGAUUGAAAAUACCAACAACAGACUUGAGAGUGAGCUGGAGGAAACGAAAAAGCUAAUGGCGUCACGAGAUCAGAAAAUUGGUGCCUUGACGGGAAAGUGCAGGACAUUAGAGGAAAUGCUUAAAGAGAAUGUUGAACUCAGCAGAAGAAGCUCAGAGGCAGAUUAUGACAACAAUGGAAAACAAGUAAUCAAUGGAGCUGAAUUGGAAAAGUUAUGCGAUGAGAAAGAGAUGAUGACGAUUAAGUUGACCGGGCUGGAGAGUGACUUAAAAAUUCAACAGCAGAAAAACUCCUCGCUGGAGAAGCAGCUUGAAGAUUCAGACCAUAACUCGAAAAAGCUUGCUAAAGAAAUGGAGCGAAAGGUGCAAGAACUUGAGAAGCAACUAAAUGAGCUUUCUAUAGAACGUUCUGAAUUGAGAUCAACGAAGAAGGCAUUGGAGGAAACCAUUCUCAAAUUGGAGAAUGAGAUUGACACCAGAGAAUUUGAGUUGGAGCUAAAGGCCUCGGCCAGGCAGGAUAAGAUUACCAGAACAAUGCAGGAGAAUCGGUCAGAGGUUGUUCAGGAAAUCCACGUUCAACUAAGUGAAAUGUCCAAUCGCUGCAACGAACUGGUGGCACAAAUCAAAGAGCUGGAAAAGAAAGUUGAAGAACUUACAGACGAAAAUUGUGAUCUUAAGGUUACAAAGGAGAAACUUGAAGAUGAAUUGAAUGAAAAGAAGAGGGCAGCUGAAGGCAUAGAAUUUACCAACUCGAUGUUGAAAUCUACUUGUACUAUGCUGGAAAAUCAAGUCGAGGAACUGGAGAUUAUCAACGAGGACUUUGAAGAAAAACAGUUACAAUGGAAUAUCACAAGGGGAGAUUUGGAGCAAAAACGAGAGAAAAUUGAGUGUGAACUUGUGGAAAAUCGGCGUUCAUUGGAACAGGAAAAAAUAGCACGUUUGGCUGCCGAAGAGAAAGUAUCCAAGCUACAAGAUGCGUUGAAAGAAGUGCAAAACACUCAUAUCAAGGAGGUUAGUGAGAUGAACGCUCAACUGGACAGACAGAGACAACGAUGCGAGGAGCUGACAGAAGCGCUCAGCGAAGCGGAGACCAAAUUUGGAAUGGCCCAACUGGAUAUUAAAUCCUUGGAACGCAAACUUCAACUUGGAAUUGAAGACAACAACAAGCUGAAGAUUGAGGUUGAGCGAUUCGAGAAUCAAACUUCCAAGUUGAAGUCCAGUAAUUUUGAGUUGAACCAGAACAUCGAGGCAGCUAUGGAGAAGUGCGAUGAAUUGACAUGCGAACGGGCUGCUUUAGCUGAGCAGCUUGAUCUCAUGGAGGCUUCGCAUGCCGAAGAACGCCUCAAGCUAGAGGCAACUAACUCUCAACAGACCAAACUGAUUGACUUCUUGCAGUGCAAAGCUGAAGGCCAAGCAUCUAAAAAGAAAAAGCUUAUCGGCGGUGGCAGUAAGUCGUGGCGUAAGAAACCAGAGAGUAGUAUUAAUGUGGUGCCGCAACAAUGGCGAGACCUGCAGCAGGCGCUGGAGAAGGAAAGAGCUUCCAGUUUGAAACUACAGACUGAACUCAAUAGGAUUCGGCAAGAAAUGCAGGCUGCUAAAAUGGAAGCUGUACACUGGAAAUCACAAAACACCGGUAUUGCUACUCCAAAACCGGCCCAGUCUUACGCAGUUUUGUCCGCGAUCCAACAGUCGCCCAGCAACCAACCGAGUCCGUUGGGUGCUCAAAACCAGUCAAAGACUCCAAAGAAUGCAGCCACCCCAGCCGGCCGCGGAACAUCACACAGACCAAAAGAGAGGAUGCAUCAUAAUAUACCACACAGGUUUGUUAAUGCCCUGAACAUGCGUGCUACUAAGUGUGCAACGUGUUUGGACACUCUACACUUCGUGCGUCCAUCAUCUCGUUGUGCUGAGUGCGGCCUGGUUUGCCACGUAAAGUGUGCACCAAACCUUCCACGUACCUGUGGACUACCAAGUGAGUUUGUUGAUCACUUCACUGAAACUCUUCAGGAACAGAAGAACGAUAAAAAUGACGGCAAGUCACAGAGCACCACUCGGCUGGGAGGCAGGAGAGAAGGAUGGCUAAGGGUACCACGUUGCGGUUCUGUGAAGCAUGGAUGGGAGAAGAAGUGGGUCGUCCUUGCCGAUCAAAUGCUGCAGCUUUACGACAAAGAAAACAUGGGCGAAAAUUCGUCACCAUCCGAAGUACUACACUUAUGUGGCAAAGAUGGUCACGUCACCGUUCAUUCCGCUGUCAUGUCAUCAGAAUUGAUAGGUACCGCCCCUACGGAUCUGCCCUACAUACUAAGGGUGGAGUCGCGCCAGAGAUGUUGGCCCGUUCAGAAUCUUUACAUCUUAGCGCCUUCAUUCCCAGUCAAACAGAAAUGGGUCGCCUCUUUGGAGUUCGUCUUGGAUGAGAUUAAGAAGAAGAAUAUCAACGGCGAGGAUCAGAAGCUCAUGGGUAACGUGUUAUUACAUUUGGAGGAGGGCGAGCGUCUUGAUAUUAACUGCACAAAACUACUUAAUGAUGAGUUGUUUCUCCUUGGCGCCGAAGAAGGUCUCUUUUCUCUGUCGCUUGACGCUCCAGGAAAACACUCGCCUCGAGCCAUCCCUGGAAUCGAGAGAGCGUUUCAGAUCGAUAUCUUGAGUGACUUGAACCAAGUUAUCAUGAUUGCAGGAAAAGACAGACAGCUGUGUAGUGUUGAUCUUAAGCAAGUCACAAGCCGCGCGCGGCAUUCUAACUCUACUGUGCCAAUAUUAGAGCUGACUUCCCAGGGAAUUGAAAAAAUCACCAAUUGCCAUUUGUUUGCUGUUGGGCAGUGCGAGGGUAACUUCUACAUUUGUGCUGCAACUCCCAAAAGCAUUCUACUGUUGCGAUACAAUGCAAGCAUUGGGACAUUUUGUACCCGCAAGGAGAUCGAGACAAGCGAGCCAUGUAACUGCAUCCAUUUCAGUGAGAAUAACGUAAUCUAUGGUACUGGGAAGUUCUACAUUCUGGACAUAAAGCAACACGUUGUAAAAGAAUUUCUGGACUGCCGAGACCCUUCAUUGGCCUUCGCAGUUUAUGGAGCCGCUCAACUGAACAUAUUUCCAAUCGCCGUUCUCGAUGUCACUUCUGCUGGUUCAGACCAAGAAGAAUUGUUACUUUGUUUUAACGAGUUUGGAGUGUUUGUGAACAGCUUUGGUUCUCACAGCAGGCCAAAACCUUUGAUGUGGAGCAGACUGCCGCUUGCUUUCGCAUACAGUGAGCCAUUCCUGUUUGUCACUCAUUUUAAUUCAAUUGACGUUUGUGAAAUCCCACCGAUCAACGCCGAAAAUCCCAGUCGGUACGUGCACAAGUUUAUGGAAAUUCAAAAUCCACGAGUCCUUGGUCCAGCGGUCUCUCCUGGUGCAGUGUACCUCGCUUCCACGUUACACGAACAAGUGGAGAUGCUAUGUUUCCAAGGUAACGCAGCUCCUGCAAGUGUCUUCCAACCCGAGGACGAUGAAGAAAGCAUGUCGGUUAUUUCCGAGCUAUCCCGACUGUCGAGCCCGAGCCGUCGUUCAUCGAUGUUGGCUCGUUCCCCUUCGUGGAGUCCUGGAUCUGCCUGGGUGAAGUCGCCGAAAGGAGGAAAUCUUAAAAAGAGCAGCACUUUUCGCGCAGUAAGACCUCUGAUGGAGGAAAACAUGUGACUUGUCAGUUAUAAGAACUCGUGAAUAAUGCAUCGUCACCAUAUAAUAAAAUAGACGAUUCUUAUGCAUUAGUGAAUUAGAAUGCACGCGAAAGUAUUCAGUAAACGACAAUCUGUCCGUUACAUCACUGUCGCACUCAAAAGUAGUCAAAAAAAUGGAAAGGUUUGCCAUUGAUCUGCCAUAUUUGGCGAAUGUAACUGGGAAUCACAUUUAACCAAGUGCAAAGGUUUCAAACGUUACUGAUCAGCGAGUCAUUCCGCGACACAUCGUCCCUGCUUGGGUAUGGGACUUAAGGAGUCUCGGAUGACGUUUUCUUCACAAAAGCCGUCUAAACUUUCCUUUUGUAUAAAAAACCCAGCUUUUGAUCGAAGGAUUAUUACGUGAGAGUACUCUUACUAUGCAAAUAUUGGUAAGUCAUGAUGGUAGUCCUUUCCGUUUGAAACCGAAGCGCGGUGUUCCCCAAAUAAGAGUCCGUCUUGUUCAAUGCGAGACUCAGAAAACCGUGAACACUGUGAUUAGCUUCUUAUAAGUCGGUUGUCUACUAGGGAAAUGCGAGAAAACCUCGAAACCACAAAACAAACAACUGUUGCUUUUGCGGUUUAGUUUGCUCACCCACUGUUGGUUUUUCCCUCGACACACUAAAACAUUCCAUAAAUAUAUCUGGUGUUCACGGUUUUCCGAGUUUUGACAUCAAUGUCAAAUGUGUACAUAGUAAUACAACAUGGUAAUACAAUUAUGUGAAAGUUAUCCGGAAGCUUCUGAAUAAUGAAUCAGGCAUAUCAGAACACCUGAGUAACUGUAACAUUUUCGGCGAAUUUGCCUUAUUGUCCAAUUGUUCAAAUGGAUCGUCUUUUCAAAUUACUCUUAAAAAAUCGAUGAACUUCAGUUUUGAUAGUCUGAACUAUAGUUUUAAUCACUAGCGUUAUUGGUUAUGCAAGUCUGAAUCAGUAUUAACAAUAACACCUGCUCAUUUUGGCCGCUUCUCAGCUUCACGAAGCUGAGACAAAAAGUGUGCACAAUUAGUUCCCCUGUCGUGGACUGAUCAAUCAGUUUUUUGAGGACAUGGAAAAAUGUUUACAUCCGCAAAUUCUUGUGACACGCCCUCUCUGCUACAGUAAUUUUAAUUUUUUUAGGUUAGAGCUAAUAAAGAAUCCGAUAAAGAUU